AUGGGUACUGGAAGGAGACAGGAAUUGUUGGGUCUUUUGGAGAACAAUGUUCAGGGGGAGAGAGAGAGCGAGAUGAGAGUUGAACAUCAAAACUACCAACAUUUCAGCCACCACCACCUCUUAAUCCCGCUCAAACUCGAUGAAGGAGAACAAAUCCACUGCAAAACCUGUGAAACACUCAUCUUUGAACCCUUCCAUGGCUGCCUCCAAUGCAAUCACUACCUCCAUGACCACUGCAUCAACAUUCCUCGCUCUCUUGAACACCCAUCUCACCUUUCUCACCCCUUAACCCUCAUCCCAUUUCCAACCUAUUCUAAUGGAUUCUACUCUUGCAAUGCUUGUGGUUCUGAAGGCCAUUCCUUCAGCUAUAGCUGUGCUCAUUGUCAGUUUGAUCUUCACCUCCACUGCGCCUCUUUGCAGACCACACUUAUUGUUGAUGAACACCCCCAUGAACUCAAACUCAUCUUUGAUCUUAAUCAGCAGACUCCGUUCAAUGAUAAGAAUGUCGUUUUUGGAUGUGAUGUGUGUGGCGUGGCGGUGGACAAGAGGCAGUGGGUGUACUACUGUGCUGGUUGUGAUUUUGGGACACACUUGAAGUGUGUAAAGCCUCCGGGACUACGUUUGCCAGUGACUGAGGCGGCCGGUGGUGGAUCAAGUGGCGGAGCGGUGGCUGGUCAGCAGUCGGAGACGCCGGGUGAGGCUGCGAAUCCUUUGAAGGAAGCAGUGAAUGAGAUGACGGAAAACCAGCUCUCUCUGAUGAGGCUACAGAUCCAGAUGAACAGAGCAGAAAUGAUUUCAAGACUUGCGACUUGGAAUUACCGUCCAUGA